AUGGCGUCCUCCUCCGCUUCCUCCUCAGCGAUCCGCCGCCUGCCUGUCCGACAAGCAAUUUCAAGUCUUACUUCAGGGGAAGGAUCGACCUCUUUACCGUCAAGAGUGAAAGGGUUGCGGUUGAGUUUCGUUUCCAAGAACUCGCCCUCUGGACCUCGCGAAUUCGUCCGUACCAUAGCGCCCCGACUAGCAUACGCCAACCCCACCCUCCCAUUCCAUAUCGACCGUCUCCGGGAUCCGCGGAGUAAAGCCCUGGAUAAAAAAUCGCCUGAUGCGGGCGUAGGCGCGUGGGAAGGAGGGAUGCCCAAGGCGUCAUUACGAGUUGAGAUCGAGGGAGAAGACGCAAAAUCAAUAGAUAUAAACGCCUUAUCACCCUCCGAAAUCCUCUCCGCUUUAUACAAAGCAGCAGGCGGUCCCGUGGACGUCAUGGCUGGCCAACCAUCGUCUUCCUCUUCCGCAUCAGCUAGCGGGCAAGGGGAAGGAGCGACGAGCAUGGCGGAGAUGUUGGCUCAGGGGGCAGAUACGACGUAUGCGGAUAUAGGCAAGGAACCGUUGGUUGGGGAGACACCACUACCGGAGGCGCCUGCGUCACAGCAGUAA